CUCUCGCUCUCGGCUUCUUCCUCUCCACAUGGGUUGCUCUCACGUCACUAUGCGAGCUCUCCUCUCCCGCAUCCACCCGCCCGGCCCCGGAUCGAUCUCCACCACUUCCUUCCUCCAGUGCCCCUCCUCCACCGCCGCAUCCGCCUCCAAAACCCUAGCCCCGACCCUCACCUUCCGCCGCUUCGCCGCCAUGGCCGCCGCCGCCGCGGAGGAGUUCGUGAAGGGCCGCGUCACCCCCAACGGCGUCGCCGUCAUCACCCUCGACCGCCCCAAGGCCCUCAACGCCAUGAACCUCGAAAUGGACCUUCGAUACAAGGCAUUUCUUGAUGAAUGGGAAACAAAUCCAAGUGUCAAGUGUGUUCUUGUGGAAAGCAGUUCACCCCGUGCCUUCUCAGCUGGGAUGGAUAUUAAGGGUGUUGCAGCAGAAAUUCAAAAGGACAAGAGUGGGGAUGUGAAGAGACUUGCUAAUGAUUGCACAAUGCCAGAGAUAAUAGAGGUCUUCACAGCAGAGUACUCUUUGAUUUGUAAGAUUCAUGAGUAUACAAAACCUUAUAUAUGCCUGAUGGAUGGUGUGACAAUGGGAUUUGGAAUUGGAUUAUCAGGGCAUGGCCGCUACCGCAUUAUUACUGAGAGGACGCUCCUGGCUAUGCCAGAAAAUGGUAUUGGCUUGUUCCCGGACGUUGGCUUUGCUUACAUUGGUGCCAAAGCUCCAGGAGGUGGUGCUGUUGGAUCUUACCUUGGGAUGACAGGGAAAAGGAUAUCAUCACCUGCUGAUGCCCUUUUCUUUGGUCUUGGAACUCAUUAUGUACCUUCAGCGAACCUGGGACCUCUCAGGGAAUCCCUCUUGAGUGCUAACUUCACAGAUGAUCCUCACAGAGAUGUUGAGUCAUUGCUGACAAAGUUCAAGAACGAGCCAGAGUCAGGGCCCCAGCUAGAUAAGUUUUUACCAUAUAUCAUUUCUUCCUUUGGUCCUGACAAAUCAGUUGCUGAAUCUGUGGAAGAGCUUAAGAAGUGUAGUCAAAGUGAUGAUGCUGCAGUGGCAGAAUGGGCCAACGAGGCCUUGGCAGGACUCAAAAAAGGGGCUCCAUUUUCUCUAUGUUUAACUCAAAAACAUUUUUCUCAAGUUGCAUCAGCAUAUAGGAAUAAUGAACACUAUCUAUCGAAGUUGGCUGGUGUUAUGAAAGUUGAAUAUCGAAUUGCCUUGAGGUCAUCGGUUCGAAAUGAUUUUGUUGAAGGUGUACGUGCUGUCUUAGUUGACAAGGACCAGAAUCCAAAGUGGAAGCCAGCAACUCUGGAAGACGUGGACAAGGGUGAGGUGGAAUCAGUUUUUGAACCAUUAGCUGCUGAGGCUGAGUUAAAUGUAUGAUCUUCACAGCAAACAUGUAAUAUUAUUGGUACCGGAAUACCCUCUUCAAUUUCCCUGUUAUGUUGCAAUAAGAAAUAACAAGGAUAAAAAUGAUGAUUAUUGAGCCAAUAAAUAAUAUCAUGAUUACAGUAUUUGUGACUUACUGAA